AUGGGUAAAAAGAUAAAGUUGUCUGGAGCUGGUCGCUUUGGAAAUGAUUUCUCUGGCACCGAAGACUCUCGAAUUGAUCAGCCCCUAAGUGCUCCGAAAGGUCACAUUUCGGCGUUGAAAAGGAUCGGCAGGGCAAACUCCAAUGUACCCUCAACCGAAACCGAGCAGUCUCUGCCUGUAGAUGUGAACAAGAAUGAGGAGAAUUUGGCAACACGUUUUAUGGUUACAGUUACAAACGAUCGCAGCUCGAAAAUUGGAACAUUGGCCAACGGAACAAGCUCUAUGAAUGCGCACGCGCAACCUGUCAGGCAGCAAUCCUCACUUCAAUCUCGGCUCGGAAACAUUGCGUUGCAGAAUGAGAACCAAGUAAUGAAUAGUCAAGCUGCGUCCUCUAUUGAGAUCAUUGAUCUGGAUGCUGAGCCUGAAGCUGCUGCUGUUGCACAGGUUGCUCAAUCGCCCCUGAAGAGAUACAGUGGCCCGGGUAUGGCACCCAAGCCUCCCAUGAGGCAAUCGGUCCCAGGUAUUGGGGGAGCUAAAUUUGGUAGCAACCAGCAAAUGCAUGGGAACAGACAACAAAGUGGAGGUGGACAAAAUUACAGCAAUAGAAAUAGUAUGCCUGGAGCUGUUCCUAGACCGCAAGUGAUGAAUCGAAAUGAAGGCAUGGAUCAGAACAGAAAGCGAAAACACGAACAACCAAUGGGUGUUUCUCGCGAGGAUCAGCGAAUCAUGGCCUCUUUGGCGACACCUUCCGAGGAAAAAGCUGUUCUCCCAGGCGGAAGAAGAAAACUAUUCGUCGCUGGAUUUCCGAAAGAGGGAGUCAAGGAAGCUGAUAUAAAAGAACUGUUCGAAAAAUAUGGAAAAGUGGAAGAGAUCUGGCUCAAUAUGGAGAAAUGUUUUGGUUUUCUAAAAUUGGAUUCGAAAGUGAACGCAGAGAAAGCUAAACUAGAGCUUGAUAGAAGUUCAUUCAAAGGCAGAAAUCUCAAUGUGCGUCUCGCAUCUCAGAGCUCUGUCAUCAAAGUGUCCAAUCUGGGAGAUUUUGUCACAAACGAACUACUGCGAGAUGCAUUUGAAGCUUUUGGGGAACUUGAGCGCGUAUGUGUGGCUUGUAGUUAUAACCUCAAGCCUUUGGGAUAUGGUUUUGUGGAGUUUUCGAACAAGAAACGAGCUGAACUGGCCAUCCGCAAAAUAAACGAGAAUCCAUUCGUUCUCACAAAGUCGGUUAAACCAAUUAGCGUGAAACCCCUCGAGGACAAUGACGAGGAAGACGGAAUCAGCUUGAAGACGAUUAGACCGUCGCAGAUGAUGGCAAUGGAGCUUUCUGAGAGACCUCGUUUCUUAGAAGAGGGAACUUUCGAGUAUGACGUCGCAAUGAAGUGGAAGAUGCAAUACAUGUUCGAGGAACGCCAGCGGGAGUACCUGGAGCAACAGCUAGAGGAGUCCAGAGCGAGACUAGAGCUGGAAGUGGAGGACAUGUACAAAAACCACAAGUCUUGGGUUCUGAGAGAGGAGUUGAGACGUCGACAAGAUGAGUUGGAACGUCUGGAGAAAUUCAAGAGUUCGGAUUCGAUGUUGGAGACGAAAAGGGCGUACUUGGACAGGGCGGCACAGGCGCGAGAGGAGCAGUUUCGAAUGGAGGAGGAGAACUUUAUGAAACACCAGGAGCAGCUGAGACGCAAUGCAGAGGUGCACCUGGUCCAGCAGAUGGCAGAACCACAAAGUCCUGAUUACGAUAUCCCAUACGGAGGAGGUUCGCGUGGUCGCACAGGUGGAAUGGGAAGAUCCUCGGUGGCUCAGAGGUACCAGGAGUAUGACUCACCCCGAAGUAACAACUACAUCGCCCUGGAGUUGAUGGGAGGUGGCGCUGGUGGCGGAUCUAGUCUGGAGUACGGGGCGGCUGCCUCUGUGAUGAAAGCACGAUCGAUCGGCAUGGGAGGGGGAGGUCAGACUCAGUUGGGGGGACUUGGAGGAGGACUUGGUCCCAGUCAGAUGAGCGGAGGGGGCAUGGAACUCCCAGCCGAAUAA